UCGAUAUAAAGAACUACAAAAAAGGUUGUCUGUUUUCAGAAUGGCCAUGUUAGCUGCCUUUGUGCGGUUAUGCGUACUAUUUAUUCUUCUGGUUAUGUACGUGCACACGUGGUCUUUCUUCGUGCUAAAACUGAGCAAAGAGCAGAGAGGGGGAUUUGAGUGGUACCAUUUUGCCACCAUGUGGAACUUCUACUUGCAAACAGUGUACACAGUCAUUGCCUUCUUCACAGGGGUCAUUGACCUGGUGGCGAGGAAAGAGGUCAUUCUGACUAAGAGGUCACUGCAGAAACUAACUACAAAUCUAAUAUCGCCUCUGACGUCAUUCAUCGUGAUCGCAUUUUGGGUUCUAUUCCUCUCAAAUCCCGAUCUUUUACGACACAAAAAGCAGGACCUCCCAGUCUGGUUCAAUUUCAACGUCCAUCUAUACAUUAUUUUCCUGCCCAUCACUGAAUUUGCAUUCCUUCCAAGAAGUCACUCUCCUCUGUCUAAAUCAGCAAAGUAUUGUCUUCUCUUUGCAAUUGCAUAUGCAGGUUUCAUCGAGUACACGAUUGUGAAUUACAAUAUAGCCCCGUACCCCAUGUAUUUGGGGCUGUCGUUUUGGGAACGUCUUGGACUGAAUUGUACCUUCAUGCUGACAGGGAUUCCAGUGGCGUGCAUAUCAAGCUAUCUGCUCAAAAAUAUAAUUUAUAAACUGCAGGGUAAUAAGCACGUGAAAUCACACUAACACUAUUUUCAGUGCAUUUGAUGAUAAUUCUCGUGAGUAGUUUUACUUUAAAAAUUUCAAUUGUUAGAGUCAAACUGUAAGAAAGUCCCACUUUAAUUAGUAACUUGUGAAGUAAAAAAUACCGAUGAUAUCAAACUCUCAAUUUUUAUACUGCUUUCUAUAAAUACUUAAAUAAUUCAAAUAGCUUAUUAUUUCAAAAAUUCAAGUUUAAAAAUACAAGCUACUUUCAAAUCCUCAUUAAUCAAGAUAUGUUUUCGACUUUCGAAGAAAGUUACGUAAUAUUUGUGCUCGAUGUUUGUUUCUCCAGACAAAUUUCGACUUUUUAACUAGCAUCUUUUGACGAGAUUUUUAUGUAUCAUUUGAUUAGUAGUGUUGUCCUGUGCUCAAAAGCAAAUGAUAUUUCAACUGUGAUCCUUAAAUUAUGGGGGUUGAAAUAUUGUCAAUUUUGGACAACUGACGCGCGAUAUAUUUCGUGCUCUUAACGUGUAAGCAGUGAUUUAAUCCCUCUUAGACAUCGUUGCAAAUUGAAUUGAGGCAUGCUAUUUGUGUAUUCAAUACUUUGCUGUAUGCAAAAUUUAUCACUUUGUAAUUUGGAUAGCGUGUGGACAGAUGAUUUUCAAAAAAUCUUUAAAAAAAUUUCUUAAAUUUUAAUCCAUUUUUAAAAGUGAAGUUUACUCCAUCGCAUUUAAAGUGCAUUCGGAACAAUCAGAAAUGUUCCCUGAUACGAGAAGUCUUGUUAGAUUUAAUAUAUCGCUGAAAAUUUUUUAAUUGUGUUUUGUACUCCGAUGUCAUGAAGAUUCUAAA